AUGGCCCGGUCAUCUCUCAUACUUAAUACCACACGAGCAUUUUCUUCGUGCCGUCCACGAGCCUAUGCCGCGGCUUUCCCCCAAGUCCUCAGGGCGGGGGAGGAGUCGGUGGGGCUAGAAACGAGAGACGUGCCGAUAGACCAGCAGCGCCUCCUGCAAGUGGGCAUCCUGGGGGUUCCUAAUGCAGGGAAGUCGACGCUGACCAAUGCCCUGGUGGGCUCCAAGGUAUCAGCCGUGUCCCCCAAGACCAACACCACACAUCACUGCCGGCUGGGAGCAUAUACACAGGGCCCGAGUCAGGUCGUGCUCUAUGACACCCCUGGCAUUGUGGGUAAAGAAUCCAAGUACCUGACCCGCGUGUCAUCCGUCUGA